AUGUCUGACAUAACAGCAUUGGAGGAGCGCCUGCCUCCUGAAGAGAAGGAGCAGAACUCCAAAUCCGACAUCUCGCUGAAAGAACGGUUCUUCCGUUACUUUCAGCAUGAGAUCACAGCUCUGCAAGAACAAAUGGACCGCCUUGCGGACACUUCUCUCGUAGCUGGCGAGCGUUCGGACGCUGUCGACCACUGUUUGGCGGGCAUCGCACGGCUGUCGAAUGAAGUCAAGGAUGCGUCGAGUUAUAUUCCCACAUACGACCAACGGAUAUAUGCCGAGGCAAUCAAAGCGCUGCAGGACAAACUAGCAGAGACGCGCGCUGCAAUAGCCCCACGGACGAAAUUUUCGUUCAAGACGAAGAAGAAUGCCUCCGCUGUCUCCUUGACGGAUGCUGCGGAGAUUGCUGCUCAAGGUCGUCGUCACAUCCCACCAUACCGCUCUCCUGACGGGUCGUCCCGCGACUCCUCAAUCAAUCCUACUCCAAACUAUGCUUCGACACCUGUCAAUGAGCCGGAGCAGCAGCAGUUAAGGCCGGAGAUUGCACCCACCUCGUCGCCGGCCAUCCUUGAGGAAGGCAAGGACAGCUCGUUGCUGGAACAGAAAUCGACAUCCGUUCAUCGUCCGACAUUUUCUAACGAGUCAUCAGUGUCCGUAAACAACCACUACGGUCUGCAUAUCAUGCUCCCCGCAACGGCGUCCAGCUCGUCGGUGCCAGCUUCCAUAACCUCUCUCCGCCACUGUGUGGUGGACAUGUCCAUUCCGACGACGAACGGGAAACCGUACGCCAGCCUCACAGUCAAAGGCGUCAAAGAGAGCCUUCUGAUCUGCGGCCAAGUGGAAGGGCCGGCGCACAUCACGGGCGUGGAGCACAGUGUCAUAGUGGUAUCAUGCCGGCAAUUCCGGAUGCACAACUGCGUCGAUGUCGAUGUCUAUUUGAGUUGUUCUAGCAAUCCGAUCAUCGAGGAUUGCAGCAAUAUCCGAUUUGGACGGAUUCCAAAAGCAUACGCUCUUGAUCAGAACCAGCCAGACGAUUCCGACCGCUGGAAUCAAGUCGAGGAUUUCAAAUGGAUCAAACCCGAGCCCAGCCCCAACUGGAGUAUUCUCGACCAGAAUGCGGCCGUACCGGAGGAAGUCUGGGCCGAGAUGGUCCCUGGCGGACCAUGUUGGUCAUUGGAGGACAUUCUCCGCAGGCAGGCAGGCAUAUCAUGUACAACAAGCAAAAUACAAGAUUGGACUGAAAUAAGAGAUUUAAGAUCAAUUAAUUAA